AUGUAUACUCCUCCCAGCUCUAUCAUCGUCUUCACACUUAUCCUCAUCGCCACCGGGGCCCACCCGGAGCAACCCGAACCCGAACCCGAAACUCCCGUUACCCGCUUCCAGACCUACCUCCGGAUCAAAACGGCUCACCCGAACCCGGACUACGCCUCCGCCGUGUCCUUCCUCAAAUCCCAGGCCGAAUCCAUCGGCCUUAAAACCCGGACCCUCCACUACGCCCCGAACAAGCCCCUCCUCCUCCUCACCUGGCCCGGAUCCGACCCGACCCUCCCUUCUCUCCUCCUCAACUCCCACCUCGACUCCGUCCCCGCCGAGCCCUCCAAGUGGGCCCACCCGCCCUUCUCGGCCCACCGCACCCCCGACGGCCUCAUCUUCGCCCGCGGCGCCCAGGACGACAAGUGCAUCGCCGUCCAGUACCUCGAGGCCAUCCGCAACCUCAAGGGUUCCAACUUCAACCCCAUCCGCACCGUCCACGUGUCCUACGUCCCCGACGAGGAGAUCGGCGGCGUGGACGGCGCCGCGAAGUUCGCGGUUUCUGACGAGUUUAAAGAGCUGAAGGUGGGGUUUGUUUUGGACGAGGGUCAGGCCAACCCCGGCGAUGAGUUUCGCGUGUUUUAUGCUGAUCGGACGCCGUGGAAUUUGAUCGUCAAGGCGGAGGGGAUGCCGGGACAUGGUUCUAGAAUGUUCGAUAAUAGCGCCAUGGAGAAUCUGAUGGAGAGCGUCGAGGUUAUGACCAGGUUUAGGGAGGCUCAGUUCGAUGAGGUCAAGGCCGGGAAUGCUGCUCAUUCCGAGGUCAUUUCCGUCAAUCCGGUUUAUUUGAAAGCCGGGAUAGUUUCUGGUGAUGGAUAUGCGAUGAAUAUGCAGCCUUCUGAGGCUGAAGCAGGGUUUAAUAUAAGAAUUCCGCCUACUGUAGACCCGGAGCUUGUUAGGAAGAGAAUUGCCGAAGAAUGGGCUCCGCAAGCUAGGAACUUGACUUACCAGCUUAUUGAGAAAGGGCCCUCCAGAGACUACAUGGGUCGCCCUUUAAUGACCCCAACCGAUGAUUCCAAUCCAUGGUGGUCUGUUUUCAAGCAAGCUGUUGCAGCAGCUGGAGGGAAGCUUGCAAAGCCUGAAAUCUUGGCUUCUACCACCGACGCACGGUUCAUGAGACAGCAAGGCAUUCCUACUCUUGGUUUCUCCCCAAUGACAAAUACUCCAAUCUUACUGCAUGACCAUAAUGAGUUCUUAAAGGAUACCAUAUUCUUGAAAGGCAUCAAAGUAUAUGAAUCUGUAAUCAGUGCUUUGAGUUCCUUUGAGGGGUGAUCACAUUGGAUGCCAUCAGUAUUAAGUUUGGGGAACUCAUUAUUUGCUGCAAUUCACAUGGCGGCAGUGAUUCACCAUUACACUGGCCUUGUUGCACUAAAGCUACUCAGACAGAUUCCAAGGAGGUGAAAGUUUGUUAAUAUGUUUCUAUAGUUUCACAAAUUUACAUACAUUGUCCCCAUUAAGCUUUGUACAUACAUAAUGAAGAAUCCACAUUGAGGAGUAGUUGCAAUGGGCCUUUUGUUGUUGGUAUUGUCUGUCUUACUCUAGUGACAUUACUGUACCUUCCUUGUAAUGAUCACGCAUAUGAUUAAAUUUGAGGUAUCAGAAAUGAAUAGAUAUAGAGACAGGAUAUAAUUUGUAGUCAUGUACUAGUUUCAAAUUCAAUGCAAAUACACGAGGGUAAUUUGAUUGGAUCAUC